UGUUCCGGAUUCUAUAGCAAUACCGAAACAUUCGAUCAAAUUUUAUUCACAUCAACGCCAGGCAGUAGAGUUUAUCAGUGUCCAGGCUAGAAAAAUACCAGCAAGCCUCCGUGCCCUUGUCACUGCCCCAAGUUUCAGCGAACCACCUUUCACCGCUACCCGACCCCUCCAAGAAGUACCGAAGUACUUGCCCCCGGAUGAUCUCCCCACCCAUCCAUCGUCUUCCGCCGCGAAACCGCAGGCUCAACCAGGUGUAGCCGAACCACAACCACCAGCGAGCACUCCAACUCCUGUCCCUGGACAUCGCCGACCGCCAUGGCCACCACCCGCGAGCGCCGGAUUGCGAAGGAGCUAGCCGACAUCCACAAUGACAAGGAUAACUCGGGCGUGCUGGCGAACCCCAUCGACCCCUCCAACUUGACGCACCUCAAGGGAACUUUUCCAGGGCCGCCCGACACGCCGUAUGCGGGGGGCACCUACCAAAUCGAUAUCGUCGUCCCCGACAUGUACCCGUUCAAAUCGCCCAUUAUGAAGUUCGACACCAAGAUCUGGCACCCAAACGUCAGCAGUGUGACGGGAGCUAUUUGCCUCGACACGCUCGGCUCGGGAUGGUCGCCCGUGGGCACCAUUAAGAUGGCGCUAAUCUCGCUGCGCAUGCUGCUCGAGUCGCCGAACCCCAAGGACCCGCAAGACGCCGAGGUGGCAAAGAUGAUGAUGGAACAACCUAACGAGUUUGCCGCCAAAGCCCACGACUGGGCCGUCAAGUACGCCGGUGCCCCGCGGAGGGAGACGCUCACACACAACUACGAAAAGUCAACCGCGCCCGUUGUCAAGGAUGACCCGUCACGAUACAAAGGGUAUAAUAAGGAACUGGUGGAUCGCUUUGUCAACAUGGGCUUCGAGGUUGACGCCGUGGUCGAUGCGUUCAUCUUUGUGGGUAUCGACCGCAACGGGGGCGAGGACUAUGAGCUGGAGGAGGCGUAUAUGGGCGAUAUCACCGCUCGGCUCCUCGGAGAGCAGUAGCAGGACCAACAGGCGUGCGAAAUAAUCAGCGAUUGGACCGUAGCGUAGUUAGGCUACGCUCCACUGGGCGGUUGACAUUGUUGCGACGGGCACGAGGAGAUGUGCGGUGCUGGGGGUAUCCGGCAGGCAGAGCCCGAUCCUACUUGUCCCUAUACGCAUAAGGAAAGGAGUUUACGGAUGGCGCACAGGUGGACAAUUUCAUGGGGCUCCGUGCUUGUUUUCUUUUCAUUACUUAGACGGAAUCUAAAUGCAACCCAUUGCUUCCAACACG